CUAGAGAUAGAAACCCUCCUACUUUCAACUGCCGCUAUCGCGACAACCCCGCCGAAAUAAUACAGACGUUCGCAAUUCCUCACAAUAAGAAGCACCCACAAAUAUAUAUCAACGGCCUUCAUUGAUUGGCGACACCCAAAAUCCAUUGAGUACAUUUUCAGGGAGGAGCCAAAAUGGCUGGCACGGGAGCGUCCAGCCCAUACAUCAAAGAAGAGGCUGACGAUCAAUUCUUCACAUCCCACAACCAAAGAUACAUGGGAGGUCCCCAACAAGGUUUCAAUAUGCCCCAGCAACACUUCAACCAGUUCGGCUCCCAUGGAGGAAGCAUAAACCCCAGCGAUCUCACGAUGGGUGGAAACGGGGUUUCUAUUCCGAAUGGCGGUGCAUACGGAGCCCAGUUCCAAAACAACUUUAACACACAAGCGUCCAACUCUAGUACCGGCUUCUCAAAAGGCAUAUCUACUUUUGGGGAUGAUGAAUUACUCGACAGCCUUGGACCAAUGAAUGAUUCGCAUUCCAACCAGACGGGUAUGCAGAACAACGGGCAGGAUUUUGGCGUAGACUUUGACUUCUCUCAAGCCAUCUAUUCCGGAAACAACACUGGCUCCUUGUCAGUCGAUCCAAAUCACAUAAAUGGCUUCUCCAAUACCCCAGACGGCGACCCAAUCCAGAGUCCCUUUGUUCACAAUUUCAAUCAUGCUCAGUUUCGUCACAUGCAGCCACAACAUAACUUUGGUAGCUCCUUACAGUCACCCGCUUCUUAUAAUGGCUCGCCGCUUCCCGGAUCGGACUUGCACAGUGGAUCGGCUGAUGGUUUUGCAAAGCAACGGCCUCGACUCUCCCAAGUGAUGCAAGGACGAAAAGGCUCAAACACCAGAAGUCCUCUUACUCCCAAGACCCCUGCCAUCUCAUCUCUCAAUAUUGGUUCAGCUGAAGGGUCGAGCUUCCCAACGCAGCCUAUUCGAACAUCUCAGUCACAUCGCCAUCAGAAAACCCUAUCGGGCCAGUGGGACCAGACACCAAGUAGCCUAGCCUCCUUUCCCGGUUCAGAUUUCUCCUCGCCGAUUCAGGGAGUACAUCCAAACCCCCAGAUCUCGGACAUCCUAAAGGGGGCAUCAAUGCCAACGAAAUUAAACAAUGGCCACCAGACAAGCAGCGCACCAGCGUUACAAUCCCAGGAAAUGAAGCGGAGACGAAGAAGGGAAUCUCAUAAUCUCGUCGAGCGCAGAAGGCGGGACAAUAUCAACGAAAGGAUUCAGGAAUUGAGUCAUCUUGUCCCUCUUCAUCGUCUCGAAGAUGAGAAAGUCCGCAAGGCUUUGCAGAACAACUCACCACUUUCGCCUACUCUAGCAGGGCUGUCUGCACCUCCCAAUGACAUGAGUCCUCCCCGGGCUACGUCCGGCCUUGCUGGACCGGGUGCCAGGCGGGCAACGGCUGGCAACAUCACUACUGGAAUUCCAAUCGAGGAAAAGGAUAAGGGCCCAAACAAAGGUGACAUCCUUAACGGUGCAGUGAGCUGGACUCGCGAUUUGAUGUGGAUGCUCCAUCUCAAGCUUCAACAGCAAGAAGAUCUCGCCAAUCUCAUCACCGAAUUGGGUGGGACGUUUCCGUUUGAACAGACAGAAGAUGAGAGGCGCAUGCAUACCGAGUUAAUGGACGCGAUGAUCAAGAACGAUGGAAGCAACUUCUCUUAUUCGCGACAUCCGGGUAGUGGUCUAAGAGUCCCAAAACAUACCGACAUUAAGGGCGAUCCAAUCGGUGGCUCGACGCAUGGUCAGCUUGACACAUCCUUAAGUCCAGACAAUCACAGCACUGGCGAUACCAGCCAGGCUGGUAUGGGUGGUCCAGGUCAAUACUGGAGCGGCCACAACAGCGGAGGUAGUGGAGCCGAUUCUGUCGGCUUCAAAGAGGAAGACGAAUACGGAAUGGAUCUCACUCAAUAAGAUGGGGUCUUUCAAUUUCUAGCUUCUGGGUAUUACAGUGGUCUCGGCACUGCGGAGACGGGGAUAUUAUUACGGAGCACACACGGGUCUACUUUCACUU